AUGUCAUCGUCAUCAUUCGUGUCAUCCGUCUUUCCAACUUACCUCCUCCACUCCAUCCCCUUCCGCAAGCGCGAUGUGAAAACAACUAAAAAUACCAACUCCACACCAAGCGAUUCCGAGACCCCCUCUAAACCACAAUCACCUGCCCCUUCAAGCAAUGACGCCGCGACCAAUGGCUCUGGUUUUCUCCACGGGCAUAAAUCCUACCUUCGCUGUGCCCGUUGCUCAGCAGAGCUUUGUCUAACCUCUCAAAUCAUCAGCAAGGGCUUUACAGGGCGGUAUGGACGUGCCUAUCUCGUCUCUGCCAAUCCGUCUACAGAUGAGAUCUCCAUAAGCCCGUCGUCCACACUGCAGCGCACCUCACUCCCCAACACAGUUACGCAGCAGCCGCUACCAAGACAGCUCGUCACGGGGGCGCAUAUGGUCAGUGACAUCACCUGUCGUUUUUGUGGGAGUCUUCUGGGCUGGAAGUAUGUGGCUGCAGAGGAAGAUUCGCAGAAAUACAAGGUUGGGAAGUUCAUAUUGGAGACGAAGGGGAUCAGUAUCUGCUCGUCCUGGGAAGGUAGUAAUUCUAAUGAUGGCUAUCAUGAUAACGGCAAUGCGUUUGAUUGUUUUUGUUCACACCGGUCGUCUGGGAGCAGUAGUGCGAUUCAGAGUAAUGGAAGUGGCAAUGAUGUGGAGUUUGAUAGCCAGGAUGAGGAGGAGUGUGAGGACUUGUUCUCUGGAAUGUGGAGUCCGUGGUUAGCGGAGAGAAGAAGGCGGGAUCGGAAUUUUGAAAGGCAUUCAUUGGUGAGGUGA